CACACUCCACCUUCACCUCUCCAAGAGCAUGCCGAGUGGGAACAACUUGAGCCGCGACCCGCGAGCGCCACCUAACACUCCAUACUAUUUUAUAGAUAACAGGUCAAUUAUUGUGGCUCUAGGUGUACGUCAGGAUCGUCAGCCUUCUCGAGGUUGACUCACCAUGCACCAUGCCCCAUGUUUCCCUCAUCCUAGAUCGCUGCGUACACAGCAGCUAUUUCAGCUGGAUGCGCAGUUUGCCUCCUGGGCUUCGUCUUGUAUCGAUGGCAUCGGCAGGGUUGGAAACGGCAUUUUCGUCCUCUCAGCGUUGCUUUUGCAUUCUGGAUCCUCAUGGACCUCGUUCUGAGCCUUUCCCAUGCCCUUUCGCUUCGAUGGGCUGUUUCAGGCAGAGUGGAUCAAGGUGGGGAAUACUGCAUUGCCCAAGGGGUACUACUACAGUUUGGCAAUACAGGGACGGCCAUAUCGGCGUUAUUGGUAGUUCUACUGGUCGUUGGAUACUAUCGUCGCGUUAAGGGGAUCGAAGAAAACCCAGGAACAGUGUCAUGUUGUUUGCUUGCCUUCCUGAUCACGUUCUUAAUUACCCUCAUCGUCCCGCCUGUCAGUGUGAUAUCGAAUCUGUAUGGGAACACUGGGCUUUGGUGUUGGAUAGUCCAUAGCGACCCUUUAAACUCCGGGCUCCAACUUGGCACCUGUUAUGGAUUAAUGUGGCUUGUAGCACUCACAUCGUUCCUGGGAUAUGGUUAUGUGCUCAUGGGAACCCUCAACAACCCUAACCCAAAGAUACAGGAGGGAAGCGAUAGCAUCAUCCUUCCCUCCUACACGGUGGAGGAGGCGUGGGGGAUGAUGUGGUAUUCUCUUGCGUAUGUUUUCGAGGUGACGCCGAUAAGCGUCAUUCGACUGGUGCAGUUCGGCACGAAAGGUCCUUGUCCUGGGGUGGGACCUGGGUGGCUAAUAUUCGCAAUCCCCUUGUACAGCGCCUCAGGCCUUAUCAACACUAUUCUUUGGUUGACAACCGGACGCCGAUUCGGAUUUUCGACCGAACAGGAACGAAGAAGAACUAAUGGGCCACAGCGCCCUUGACUGUUCCGUCUUUCGCACGCUGCCGCAGUAUCAUGAAUCUUAGGAACGUGGAGAGGGGUCGAGUAGAGAUGAUUGGCACUGAGUGACCAAAACUGCGUUCCAGGACUCAUCUAUUGCUAUUGUAUUUUAUGUAGCAUUCACCUUCCUUCCGAUCUGCUUGUUGCUUUCCUACUUUAUCGUCCACAUGAGGGUGACAGCUUGGGCUGAGGCCUCGAGAUUGAAGUUUUUUUUUCUGUUUUUCAGUCGCGCUCAAGUAGGAUAGUAAUUCCACACAUGAUGUAAGCCCU